GGCAUGCAAUUUGCCUUAAAUUAAAUGUGAAAUACGGUGGGCACACCAAAAAAUCUGACGUGUACGUGCAAUCCUGGACUUAAACACGUGGUAAAAUUGCUAAAUCUGAACCGUCAAUCUUAUUGCGAAAUCUGGACCGUCAAUUUUAUAGCAAAAUCCGCUUGCUUUUUAAAUUCCUGUAAUUCUCUCUCUCGCAUCAAAACCCCGGGUUUCAGUCCACUGUAAUUCCACCGCUACAAUCACCAUCGGUAUGAACGAUUAACCUUUCUUCCCCAGUAAUCGGCGAUUUAGGGUUUCUGUAUAUCGUCGGAAAUAAUUUGCUUAUGGGAAAAGAAAACGGUAAAAAAGUCAAAACAAAACGCAGAACGACCGGUCCGCCAAAUGCUGCAAUAAAAAAGAUGAAGGGUCCCGCAUUCAGUACAGCACCAACAAAUCCUGUUCCUCCCGCUCCUUCUACUGAGGCAGAUGAAACAAAAAUCGACAGAGGUGCGGCACAGGAUAAAGAGAAGGAAAUGGAAAAAACGAAGCGCCUUGCCGGUUUUAUAUUCAUGUGUAAUCCAAAUACAAAGUUGGAAUGUUAUCGAUACCGUGUUUUUGGGCUUCCUUCCGGAAAGAAGGAAGUGGUGGAGGAGAUAAAGCCUGGCACUAAGCUGUUCUUGUUUGAUUUCGAGUUAAAGCUUCUAUAUGGCAUAUAUGAGGCAACAUCUACUGGAAAGCUGAACUUGGAACCGACGGCUUUUAGAGGGAAAUUUCCUGCUCAGGUAAAAUUUAAAAUCUUCAAGGAAUGCCUUCCCCUACCCGAGAGUUCUCUCAGGCACGUUAUACAAGAGAAUUAUGCAGGCUCGAAAUUCAAGCAAGAACUCACUGGAAAGCAGGUGAGAAAAUUAAUAUCAUCAUUUCGUCCGCUUACUGGAUCAUCAUCAUCAUCGUUUUCUCAACCUACACCCCAAGCUCAUGUAUCAGUAUCAAGGGCAAUGCCUCAUUCAGCAAUGGUGCAUCAGUUUAAGCAUACAGUACCGCCGCCUGCAAUGGAGGUUCCAUAUAUAUAUGGGAGGCAAUAUAGCAGCGUUCCGACAUUAGUACAACCUCAACCUGUUGUUCCAAAAGCAAACUAUUUGCAGCAUCGGUAUCAUAAUAGAACAGCAGCAGCUUACAUGGAACCUCAGCAACACAUGAAUCCAAAUUUAGGUCAUCAAAGUUUACCCGGAACAAGUAGUUACUAUGUUGCCGAUCCUCAAAGAUCGUCCUUCACUGCCUACGGGGUCGAGGAGCCACCCUAUUCAAGGUACAGGGUUACAGACGAGAGGCCGCCUCGUGAACAAGUCCCCGUUUCGGAAAGGCAAUACAAUCAUCACUAUCAAUUGCCUCCACAGAGAGAAUCACUGUAUCAAGAUAAUAACAUAGCUGCUGCAUACAACAAGCCCCUGUAUACUUCAUCGGUUUCACAGCCAAACGUAAACUCUCCUUAUUACCAGCUGCCUUUACAGACAAGCUCGCAGUAUCAAGGCAGUGCUGCAGCUGCUUACAGUUCCAAUUUGUCGGCAGCUGCGUACAGUUCCAAUUUGUCGGCAGCUGCAGCCCAGUACAGUGCACCAGCUUCGGCCCAAUAUGCUUCGGCGCCUGCUUAUUACCAAUUGCCAUCACAGGGAGAAAAUGUGGGCCCGUAUAGUAGUAGCUCCUACGUGGCGGCGGGGUCGGCACAGUAUGCUUCAUCAGCAGCUGCAAUGCUGCCACAGGUGGUGGCGGCAGCGGCGGCGGCUCCUCCUGUAUAUUCAUCCUCUCAGGCGAGUGCUCCCAUAUCUGCUUACUAUUCGUAUAAUGCCCCGAAUUGGCCAACCCGUUGAUCGGGUACCGCUCUGCCGGAGAGUUUGAUAGAAAAGAAGUUUGGUCUUUGUUGAUCUGUGUUCUGUAGUUUUUCCGAGUGUUGAGUAUCACAACUCUGUUGCCUCCUACUGAAAAUACCAAAUUACCCUUAGGCCGUGCUUUAUUAUUAUUUAUCAGAAAAUGGAAAAUAGUUUGUAUGUUUUAAAGAGAGAUGUUAAUUGUUUACUCAAUGCACAUUUAUAGUUGUUGAU